AUGCCGGCUACCGACAGACGGAAUCGAUCGGAAGAUGCCAUUCCUGAUCUUGCAUGCACCCGCUGCCGUGAGCGGAAGAUCCGUUGUGGUAGGGAACGCCCUCAAUGCAGCAAUUGCGAACGGGAUGUUGGCAUAACCUGUGUCUAUCAGAACCCUGUAAGGAGGGUGAAUCAUACUAAAUUGCUGUGUAACAGCGUCGAUCAGCUCCAGAGCCGGUUGACGUCUAUUGAAUUGCAACUGGGCCGUCUUUCGAGUGCUAUGGCCCGGAACUUGGACUUCGAUGAUGAUGAGUGUAUCGGAAUGCAGGCAUCUUCAGGGCGGUCAGAUGAAAACGAAAGCUACGAGCAGGAGGACGAAGAUGAAGGAAUUCAAGCGGAAAGCCCAGGCUCGCUAGCAGAUGACAUGACCUAUUCUCAUAUCUUCCACAGUGAUGUGGAUAUGAUCGAUCGUUAUCACGGAAUCUCAUCGCCCUUCGCCCUUUGCAAUCGUCUCCAACUGCGGACGUUAUCCAUAGCCGAUUCCACUGAAUCCAGUGCGCUUCAAGAAUUGCUAAGAGCCCUGUGUGAGACUGCUGGUGGAACAGAACCGUUUCCGCCAUACAAUGACCAAUUCCCAACUCAACUGCCACCCAAACAACAAGCUCUUGCUGCUGUUGCUUAUUUCUUCAAGCAUAUCGACUGUGCAACAGAUAUCUUUGUGCAACAGAAUCUGCUUGCUAAUCUUGAACGAGUCUAUUCACAACCAGCUAGGCCAGGGGACGACACGUGGGUGGUAUGCCUCAAGGCUAUUACCUUACUUGUACUUGGUAUGGAGAUUUCAACACAGGCAGAUAGCGCCUUGUUUGGUGACUUUGCUUGCUCCAUGCUCCCGAGCCGGGCUGCGCUGGUCAGCUCUCGGCUACUCAAUACACCGCGACUGAUCAACGUGCAAACACUUAUCCUUCUAAGUGUUGCAGCACAACAAUUCGAUCCACCGGGAUGGUCAGAGCUCCUGUUCGUUCAUGCCUGUAUACUGGCUAGGACCAUGGGGUUACAUAAGUCUGGACUUCUUCCUUCAGAUUCAAGUCUAAAUGAUGAUGCGGUUGAGCGAGCCAAAGUCCUUCAAUCGUUGUACAUCCGUGACAAGAGUCUAUGCAUCACUCGAGGAUCCGUGUCUUGGCUGCCUAGCUAUGACUGCGAUAUCACCACUCAACUGAAAGCCGUUGCAGAGCGGCAGGCAUCUAUUUCGAGCCAUAUUCGACUGGCAAUGAUCCAAGACGAAAUUUACCACAUGACUUGUGCAGCCUCGGAGUAUCGAAGAUGUUCGCACUCGAAAAUGUCCCAGCCAACAACCCCUAAGUCUAUUAGACAGCAUCUGGACCAACUCGCAAGUGAUUACAGUAUAUUCAGUGGUAUAAGUGCGUCGUAUAUGCCUCGUCAUGUUUUCCUUGCGAUGGAGUUCCUCAGCACCCGCGUUAUAGCCCUAAAGCUCGAUCCGGAAACGCGUCAUACGAGAGAAAGGCUUUUUGCAGAUGCCAGAGCUAGUUGCUUACUCUUAUUAAUCGCACAUGGAGAUCGUAGUCCUUCGGUCAUUCAUGCCUACCACUCCUCCACUGGUACUACUAUCCCCUCGACCAGAACGGGGACUUCUCUAACAUGCGAAACAAACAGUAAAUCUUUUGCAGCUUUGCUCGACGCUUUCUCAGUGCCAGCAUUCUUUGUCCUCUUUGAGAACCUUGUUUUUCAAGGAAAUGAAAGUGAUGUUGACAGCGACUCGAGUGCGGACUGGGAUCUGUUACGCAAAGUCUCUGCGUGUUACACCAAGGCCAGCUCUCAAAUGCCACCGCAAAGCUAUCAUAGCCGAGUGACAAGGAUAUUCAAUCAAUUGAUUGAUAGUGCACACUUGUUCAGACGAAGCCGAUCAGAUUCAUACGCGUCAGAGUCUUCCUCGUUGGAAGUUGCAGUCGAGUCGACUCAGUCAAAUUCAUCCUCAGAUCCGCAAUUACCCCCAGAGCCUGAGACAACCAUGAUUUCUUCCAUGCCGUCAAUUCUGAAUGGACACAUGUCCGAUUUAUCUCACCUAGUACCACAUGGGUCAUCGACCAGUGGACCUUUUAGUUGGGAGAGCUUAUUAUCUGUCUCAACAACAUUAGAUCCGCCUACGACUUUGGAUGCUCAGAGCAUGAUUCAUCCUUCUGGGACUGUGUCAUCGACUGAUCUUCUCACCCAGUUACUGGAUGUACCUCAGCCUCAUUCCAAGCCCAUGUCGGAUACUAUACAGUGGCACUCUUUACCUUCUGAUCAGUCCCGUGCAAAGAAACGUUUGAGGACAAGCGAGGAUUAG